AUGGCGGUGGCUGGCGACCUCGUAAAGCCGGAUGGACACUAUGAUACUUAUGCGUUUUGCAGACGCCAUGACUUGCUUCGUAAGAAUGCAAUUUACAAAACUGCCCACAAUUUCUCGAAUAGAAGACAUGUUGAAUGCCUGGCGUGUGUGCAAGAGAAGCCUGCCAAAAAUACGCAAUCACGAUGGAAUAUAGAAGGUCUUCCAGAUUUAUAUGAAAGAAGCUAUAGAUUGUCUAACCUUUUAAGGAUCAAUUACUGCUACGGACAGACUUGUAAAUCGAGAUGUGUCAAAUCCCAUGAGCAGUUUGUCCAAUUUGUGUCGUUUUUAUUUGCCCAGACCAAUGAUGUGGCGGCUAACAGGUUCAUACGCUUCUUGGUGGUUUGGAAAAGGAAAUAA